UAACUUCUGCCGACUUCCCUACCCAUCCACCCGUCAUUUCUGCUCUCUUCAAAACACCACCCGCUCCCUCACUUCACGAAGUCACGAUCAACACUACCAACUACACCAUCUCAUCUCACUCGAGUCCUCUACACACACAAAUCCUCCAAGAUGCCUCGCCAACGCUCCGCCGGCCGCCCCAGCGCCCCCUCGCGCCCUACCGUCUCGGCCGCGAAGCCCGCUCCCACCCAGACUCGCCCGGCAACGACCAUGGCCGCUCCCCCCCAACAGCACGCCGCUCCCCCGGCCGCGGCACCCGCUGCUCCCGCCGCCGCUGCGCCCUCCCAAGGCCCCGGCCUCUUUGGCCAGAUGGCUAGCACCGCUGCCGGUGUCGCAAUCGGCUCCUCCAUCGGCCACGCCAUCGGCGGCAUGUUCGGCGGCGGCUCCUCCGCGCCCGCCGAGGCCGCGCCCCAGAACAACUCCCCCGUCGCCUCGGGCGAGUCCUCGACCACCCAGCAAUGGGGCAACAACUGUGCCGGCGCCACCCAGCAGUUCACAAAGUGCAUGGACGAGCACGGCGGCAACAUGCAGAUCUGCAAUUGGUACCUCGAGCAGCUCAAGGCCUGCCAGGCUGCUGCUAGCCAGUACUAGACACCCAGCAACUCUACUUGUGUGAGAGGAACGGGCUUAUAGCUACUGCACGUGUUUGAAAUAUUCAACUUCUUCGGCUGAAAAAUAGUCGGGGCGGUGAUAUGUGUACCUUAAUAGUCAAAAACGGGAAUGGGAGGGAAAGCAAAACAAAGGAGAAAAAACUGGGCCUUGGAGCUUUCACGGAAUUCAUACAGCAUUUUUUGCAUUGGCGGAAGCAUUGAAAGAUGGGCCAUUGAGGAAG